AUGGCGCUUCGCCGGUCGUCUGUCGCCGUGGCGACACUCUGUGUCGCCAUUGGCAUCCUAUCGAUCCGGGGCCCCCAAGGUGCCUUGGCAGAGGAAUGCCCUGCCGUAUUUACCCGCUGGACGUACUGCGAUGAGCACAGCUUCAUGCAGGAACGCCACAACGUUCGAUGCGGAGAUGUGGUAGAAACCCGCGAAUGCUCCAAGCCUCCAUCAUGUGGCGAGUUUACGCCGUGGACGCCCAGCAUGGAAGACUGCAAGGGACACGAGAUCCAGACCCGUUACCGCGCAGGCUGCGACCACCACGUUGAGCGCCGCCAGUGCCCCAACAAGGAGGAAUGCGUCGGCGGAUGGACGCCGUGGACUUUCUGCAACUCGAAGGGCUUGCAAGAGCGCCAUAACGCUAGCUGCUCGCUGGUGGAGGUCCGAGAGUGCGGCGCGGCCGACAGCACCUGCGGCGCCUGGAGUCCCUGGUCUCCUCACUUGCCGAGCUGGAACGAGUGUGUCGGUGGCGUCGUGUACCGACGCCAGCGCGAGCACUGCGACCGCGAGGAAGUCCGCGUCUGCCCCAAGUUCGACUGCAGCACUUGUUCGCAGCAUGCCACCUGCGACAAGUUGGAGGGCGUCUGCAAGUGCAGAGAGGGCUUCCACGGCGACGGCAUCACCUGCGAGCCGCAGAACCCGUGCAAGGACCACACGUGCUCGGAGAACGCAGUCUGCCUCGCGGACGGCCAGAACAGCAAAUGCAAAUGCAACCGAGGCUGGGAUGGGAAGGACGGCAGCGGCUCGACGGACGACCCCUGCGUGGACCGCGACGAGUGCGCCACCAACACCCACCAGUGCCCAGCUCACUCCGUCUGCCGCAACACUGAGGGCAGCUACGAGUGUGAUUGCAAGCCCGGAUAUCAGAAAACCGACAGUGGAUCUUGCGAGGACGUCAACGAGUGCCAAGGCGAGCACAUGUGCGACCCGCGCGCGACCUGCGUCAACACCACCGGCUCCUUCGAGUGCGUCUGCAACGACGGCUUCCGCAUGAACCUCGAAACGAAGACCUGCGAGGACAUUGACGAGUGCGCGUCGGGCACUGCGUGCAGCACCCAUGCACUCUGCACCAACAACGAAGGCAGCUUCACCUGCGCCUGCCCGGAGGGCUACCGCGGCGAUGGCACGAUCGAGUCCCCCUGCAGAAAGAUCGACUACUGCGUCGAGGGUCUCGACGACUGUACCGAGAACUCGACUUGCCGCAACGAAACGGUUGGCUUCUCGUGCGUCUGCAACCCGGGCUACUCUGGAAACGGAAAGCCUGACAGCCCGUGCAUCGAUGUCGACGAGUGCAACAAGGAUACCCCACAGAACGACUGCGACACGAAUGCAUUGUGCGUCAACACCGACGGGUCAUACGAGUGUCAGUGCAACGCCGGAUUCACUGGCGAAGGCAAAGGCGCGGACAGCUGCACGGACGUCAACGAAUGCGCGGACGGAAGCGCUGGCUGCUCGGCAGAUGCGACGUGCACCAACAUCCCUGGCUCCUACACAUGCGCGUGCAACGACGGGUUCUCCGGGGACGGAAAGACCUGCACGGACAACGACGAGUGCGCAGCCAACCCGUGCCACCAGUCUGCAACCUGCGAGAACGCGGCCGGAUCGUACACGUGCACAUGCAACCCAGGGUUCUCCGGCGACGGAAAGACAUGCACGGACAUCAACGAGUGCGCGGAUAACGAAGACGCGUGCGGCGAGCACACCGAAUGCCACAACACUCCAGGCAGCUGGGUGUGCCGCUGUCUGUCCGGCUACGGCAACAUGGAUGACAGCCGCACGUGCCACGACAUCGACGAGUGCGCAGUUACUCCCGAGCUGACCCCGGCCAACGCCUCAUGCAAGAACACCGAAGGCGGUUUCGAGUGGGAGUGCAACGCCGGCUACGAGCGCCGGGGCCUGGGGUGCCAGAAGAUCAACUUCUGCGCGCAGAGCAACUGCUCCCCUCACGCCACCUGCCAGGAAGUCAACAACGGAACGAGCUACGAAUGCACGUGCAUUGAAGGAUACGUCGGAGAUGGCCUGGGCGCCGGCGGAUGCCAGGACCGCGACGAAUGCCAAACAGAGAACAACUGCUCGUCUCCUGCCGAAGGCGGUGUCUGCACAAACACUCCGGGGUCCUACUCGUGCGGCUGCAGCGACGGAUACGAGCUUCUCCCCACCGGCAAGUGCCAGGACAUCGACGAGUGUGCCAGCAAACACGCUUGCCACGCGAGUGCGGAGUGCAAGAACACGGCGGGCAGCUACGAGUGCGCGUGCAAGACUGGAUUCCAGGGCGAUGGGCGCUCAUGCGAAGACGUCGACGAGUGCGCGACCAACGCGCACCAGUGCGGCGUCCACGCGACUUGCACCAACACGGUCGGCAGCUACGUGUGCACCUGCGCGGAAGGAUUCGCGCACAACGAAGGCGAUGCGUUCGCGUGCCACGACAUCGACGAGUGCGCGUUGAAGAAGAGCGACUGCUCCCCCCACGCCACCUGUAAGAACGUGGAGGGCUCGUUUGAGUGCACGUGCAACGACGGAUUCGAAGGCAACGGAAAGGAAUGCAGCAACGUCGAGUGGUGCUCCCAGGACCGCGCCGACUGUGACGCCAAUGCAGACUGCACAGAGAACGAGGCUGGAACGGACUACGCCUGCUCGUGCCGCGUCGGCUACAAGGGCAGCGGCCACACGAAGGUCGGCGCACAAGACGGCUGCGUUGACAUCGACGAGUGCGCAGAAGGCGUCGACCUGUGCCCCCGUGAAGGCGGCGUGUGCGUGAACACUGCGGGGUCGUACAAGUGCGAGUGCGAGGCCGGAUACACGGUGGUGACCAAUCCGGAUGGCACGAUCUCCUGCAUCGACAUUGACGAGUGCGGCGUGGACGAUGCGAACGACUGCGCCAAGGGCAGCGACGGAGGCGUCUGCACCAACACAGUCGGGUCGUACGCCUGCUCUUGCCUUCAAGGCUACACGCCUUCUGAGGACGGCAAGACUUGCACGGACAUUGACGAGUGCGCGACCAACACCGCGGGAUGCGCUGAGCACUCGACUUGCCAAAACACUCCAGGCAGCUUCGAGUGCGUCUGCGACGCUGGAUUCCAGAAGGUCAACGGCUCGCAGACCGUGUGCGAAGACAUCGAUGAGUGCACAUCAGGAGCUGCAGCCACCCCUGCGAACGGUACAUGCGUCAACACCGUUGGAGGCGUCGAGUUUUCCUGCAACGCUGGCUACGAGAAGAAGGAUGGCGCUUGCGUGAAGGUCGACUACUGCGGGCAGGGCGGCUGCCACUCUCUGGCCACGUGUACUGAAACCGAGGACGGCACCGACUACACGUGCACUUGCCCGCAAGGCUACACCACUGCCAACGGCGGCCGCGGCGAGCAGGGAUGCAUCGAUGUCGAUGAGUGCGGGGAGAACCAGUGCGCGAGCUUCGGCUCCGAAGGUGUGAUUUGCAAUAACACCAUGGGAAGCUUCGAGUGCAAGUGCGCACCGGGUUACCGCCUGGAGGGCGAGCAGUGCAAGGAAAUCGAUGAAUGCGCCGACUCCAGCUCGAACGACUGUGCCGCUCAGGGCGGCGUUUGCACGAACAUUCCUGGUGCAUACUCAUGCACGUGCGAGGCUGGAUACAACCAACAGGGCCACGACUGCGUUGACAUCGACGAGUGCACGAGUGGCGAGCCGUGCGGACCCAACUCGGUCUGCGAGAACACUACCGGUUCGUACAACUGUUCGUGCCAGCCUGGCUUCGAGUUGAGGGACGGCGUGUGCGCUGACAUCGACGAGUGCGCGGAGAGCUCGACCAACGAGUGCCACAGCCACAAGGCGUCUUGCGUCAACAUCCCGGGGUCGUACACGUGCGAGUGCCUGUCAGGCUUCAUCGGCGAUGGCAAGAGCUGCGUCAACGUGAACGAAUGCGAGGGCGUGCACACCUGCCCGGUCAACGCCCACUGCGUGGACGCCGAUGGAUCCUACAAGUGCGAGUGCGACAACGGCUACGUUGCCUCGGGCGAAGGCAGCACUUUGUCUUGCGUCGAUCGGGACGAGUGCGAGGUCGCAGACGUGUGCGGCGAGAAUGCUACUUGCGUCAACGAACCAGGAUCUUACACGUGCGCGUGCAAACCCGGCUUCCACGACGACGGCGGCAACUGCGUCCACACUGACUUCUGCACCGAGGGUGAGACUUCCCCGUGCUCUCCUAACGCGUCGUGCGAGAACCACGACAAGGCAGUCUGCACAUGCAAGGAAGGCUUCGAAGGCGACGGCAACUCCUGCGCAGAUAUCGACGAGUGCGCGACCCAGACCGACAGCUGCGACCCGCACGCCCACUGCACAAACACGGAAGGCAGCUACACGUGCGAGUGCGGAACCGGUUACAGCGGAGACGGCAAGCACUGCCAGGACAUCAACGAGUGCGAGUCUGGCGAGCAGCUCUGCGACUCGAACGCGGUUUGUGAGAACACGCCGGGAUCCUUCUUGUGCCGCUGCAACACUGGCUACAUGGGCGACGGCAAGAGCUGCGUCUCCGUGGACAUGGUGCCCUCUCAGGACUUCUGCGUCAGCUGGGGCCCGUGGUCGAUGUGCGAUCAAGAGGGCGUCCAGACCCGCACGUGCCUCGGCCUGCCGGAGAAGGUGGAGAAGCUGCCGUGCUCCGCUGAGCAAGUGACGCUGCCGCCCGUCUGCCAACCGGGUCAAGGCGAGGGCGAGGAUGCUGAACACCCGUGCGGACCGUGGGGCUCCUGGAGCGAGUGCCCGGGCGAGGCCAACAACAUGAGCACCCGUCGCCGCCAAAACACCGAGUCUCCGGAAUGCGCGAACCAAGUGCAAGUCCUGGAGUGCCCGAAGGAAGCUAUCGAAAGCGCAUGCGGACCGUGGGAAGAGUGGACCGAGUGUGGCUUGCCAAUCGAGAGCAUGAUGAUGACGACCCGCGAGCAAUGUUCGUCUGAGAAGAUCUUCGCCGACUGCCCCGCAAGCAACGUCGGCGGCGCUGAGGACGGCAGCUGCAGAUCCUGGAGCGCGUGGUCUCUCUGCGAGCCAGUGCAGGACGGCCUGCACCAGCAGACCCGCUCCUGCCUGCAAAACGACACCACCGAAGUCAGGUUCUGCUUCCCGGAUGGCCACGAGACUGAGACCGAGUCCACCUGUAAGUCGUGCCAGGGUGGCUCGCUCAGCGAGUGGAGCGAAUGCGCAGGCCACAUGCAGGAGAGGAGCUACUCGGAGUGCCCGAACCUCAAAGAAGUUCGCCAUUGCGAGACGGAAGUGUGUGAGGCCUUCGGUGCUUGGACGGAAUGUGGCAACCCGAAGCCGGAACUCCGCAUCCGCGUGAGAGACCAAUGUGACAACGUCAAGUGCCUGUGCGCCGAAUCUGAGAUCUGCAAGGAGGGGACCACCGAGGUCCCGCCCACUGAAGAACUCCUGCCCCCGACUGGAGAGAUCCAGCCCCCGUACGGAGAAGUCGAGCCCCCGUAUGGAGAGAUCCAGCCCCCGUAUGGAGAAGUCGAGCCCCCGACUGGAGAGAUCCAGCCCCCGUAUGGAGAAGUCGAGCCCCCGUAUGGAGAGAUCCAACCCCCGUAUGGAGAAGUCGAGCCCCCGACUGGAGAGAUCCAGCCCCCGUAUGGAGAAGUCGAGCCCCCCACUGGAGAGAUCCAGCCCCCGUAUGGAGAAGUCGAGCCCCCGACUGAAGAAGUCGAGCCCCCGUAUGGAGAAGUCGAGCCCCCGACUGGAGAAGUCGAGCCCCCGUAUGGAGAAGUCGAGCCCCCGACUGGAGAGAUCCAGCCCCCGUAUGGAGAAGUCGAGCCCCCGACUGGCGAAAUCGAGCCCCCGUAUGGAGAAGUCGAGCCCCCGUAUGGAGAAGUCGAGCCCCCGACUGGAGAGAUCCAGCCCCCGUAUGGAGAAGUCGAGCCCCCGACUGGAGAAAUCCAGCCCCCCACUGGAGAGAUGGAACCCCCCACUGGAGAAAUCGAACCCCCGACUGGAGAGAUCGAACCCCCAACCACUGGUGGCGAGGGCGAGCAAGGCGAACCUGGAGUAGACGAGAGCACUGAGGAGGGUCCGAUCGAAGAGGAGGACACCUCGACUGAGGGAAGCAAUAGUGAGAAAGAAGAAGGAGGUCCGCCGACUGCAGCAAUUGCCGGUGGUGUCGUUGGUGGUGUUCUUUUGCUCGCUGCCGCGAUCGGCGCGGGCAUGUACGCAAGUGGCGGGGCGGCGGCGAAGCAGAAGGCGAGCAGGUCAUGUUCGAAGGCGCAGAAGAAGGUGGUGUGA